AUGGCGUCCGACACGCGUUCGCGUUCACCGCAAGAUGGCACGAGAAGAAGGCGCGACUUCUCCAGGUCGCCGUACGUGACGCUGGGAGCGGUGAGGUACACCGUCCGUCGCGUGCCGCCGCCGCGCGCCUGCCCGUGCCGCUGCUGCUCCGAGGAGGCGGUGGCGGCGUGCCUCGGCCGCGCCAAGCCCGAUCGCCGCACGCUGGAGCGCUUACAACGCCGCCUGGGCCGUGGCGCGCGCGAAGAGCGGCCCUCGCGCCACCAGCGUUUGCAGGACCUCACCAAGCGCCUGCUGCCACGCGCUCACGCACCUCCGCCACCGCCGCCACCACCACCACACUCGGCGCCAGUGCUUCCGCCAGUGCCACCGCCGCGGUCCCGCCACCGCCACAGCCCGCCGCGUGGCGCCUCCGUCGACCGCUAUGACGAAUUCGACACCGACAACAUCACCCUAGUCCGCGUCGAGCCACGGUCAAUCGUAGGCUCUUACGCACAGAAAACUAUACCCUACCGAAGCGCGUCUUUUUCGCAAGGCGAUUUCGCGCAGGACAAAUACUACCGCAAUAUCGAUCGGCAACAAUCGAUCUUUGACUUUGGAAAGAGAUCCGCAAAAACUGAAGCAGCGCAAGCUACGACUGAGCGCAAUAAUGAUACAAGAAGUCUUGGUGCCGAAGAGAAUGUAACUGAAGGUGGAUCGGUUGCAUCAGUUGACUCCGCUGUAGGUUCAGACGAGGGUUUGCUGGCGCACGCUUCACCUGCUCCUCGAUCUCCGCCCCCCGAUGGACCGCAUAAACAAUUUGGUGCUCGUUCGUUGACUCAUCCGUUACCGCGUCGCGUACCCCCUGUUCGGGAGGAGGGUCCGGCUGAAGCAGGAGGCAGUUUACCUGCCUUAGCGCCGCGCGUCUUACAUGAACUUCGUGAAGAAAGUGACGGCUCACAAGCCGACAGUGCGCAGGCGCAUAGUGAAGGUACCUCACCUAUGGAACCUGCGCAACCUUUCGCUUUCCCACCUCUCCCCGAUCCUCCCCCAAACGCAUGUGCAAACGUAGACUGUGAGUGUGGUAAUUUUACGGUUGACUCUGAAGAGACUGCAAGCGCGAUCGCGAGUUCAAUACCCGUGCCCGUGUAUGAGUGUAUAGUGAAACAGUGGUCAAAAGAGUUACCGUCAGACGAAGCACAACGCUCGGAUGUAGCGUCCGAUGGUUCAUUGGACAGGGACAAAGAGGACGAAACUAUAACUAGUGAACAGGUGGCGAAUUUAUUAGCAGCAGUUCAAAACCCGUGUACACCGGCCCCAAUAGGUGCCAGAGAAAGGCGUCGACCGUUGGAUAAAACAAAAAGAAGGAAAGGAAUUUACAUAACUACUGCGAGUGACGAUGGUGGUGAGGAAGAUCCACCACCAGCAGUAAACGGUUGCAAGCGCGAAAGUAGUGACGCUUCAUUACAAGAUAUGCGUCUGUCUGCUGAAACAAGGACUUCCUCACUCCUUGGUGAUAAAUCAGAUGAUUCAUAUACCAAUGGACCACCAAGUCCUGCUGAGAGCGUAAUGCCUUUGUGGCCGAGGUCAGAAGAGCUACGAGCAAGACGCGCGCGGUUUUCUCAACAAAGCUCCGAUGAGAGAGAAGAAGAUACUUACAGAGUGAGACGAAAGUACGGUGUGACAUCGCGCGGGGAUUCGCCUUCGGAGGCGGAAAGUGACACAUGUUCGCGCGACCGGACCGCAUCACCCUCUCCUUUCACUCCAUCUGAUAACUCGGAUGUUGAGGCCAAAAAGCAACAGUUCACAAGAGGUCCCUUCGGUCGUAAUUUAGAAGCGCCAUCUACUCGAUCUGUGGAAACCAGUAGAAGGAGUUUUUCGGACGCGACAGUUCCUUGUCGCAAAAUAAGCGCAGGCGCUGCUCCGAUAUCUGGGAACAGACCACGUGGCCCCACACACGUCCGAGCAACUUCGUCACCCUCCAAGUUGGCAGGUGUGAAGCCAGGCGCCGAUUUGUUGGCCGAGCUACUACGCGGCAGCUCCGAAGCCCUGUCCAACUCGUCGGCCUUCGACAACGUGAUUCUGACGCUCCAUCAGCACAAUGACACAAGAACGCACGUGGUGGUUGAACUUUACGAAACUGAGAAGUCCUAUGUGGAGGCAUUGGAGAUAUUAGUUAAGAAAUAUCUCCAGCCUCUCAAGAGUCCAGAAAAUGCCGGUCUUCUAGACGCAUUCCUCGUUGAUGAGAUAUUUUAUCAGGUGCCGGCGAUAUUAAAUGUGCACCAAGUAUUCCUGGAGCAACUGAGACGACGGCUGGAACAAUGGGACCUGCAGCAAAAAGUUGGAGACGUCUUUUUGGACGUAUUCACGAAACCCGCGGUAAUGGACACCUACAUGUCUUUUAUAAACAACUUGAAAAAAGCGAAGGAGACGAUAAAGACAGCGGCUGCAUCAAGACCCGCCUUUGCCAAGUUCCUAGACGCAAUGGCUCGGGACCACAAAGGAAAAUUGUCUUUGGACAACCUUCUAAUAAAGCCAGUGCAGAAAUUCCCCAGCUACAAACUGCUUAUCCAGAGGUUGAUAAAACACACAGACCAAUCCCAUCCAGAUCAUAAACUUCUGUUAGAAGCCCAAAAAGAAAUACACGAACUCUUAGAAUUAAUCAACUGCACAGAAAGGGAGAGUCUUGAAAUGGAGCAACAGCAACAAACGUUGCGAGAGUUGGAACAAAUGAUUGAAGGUCUAUCAAACCUGGUGACUGCAGAUCGAAUGUUCUUGAGGCAUGAGAUGGUAACUAUGCCUUCAGCACAAGGGACCAUUAAAGAUAGAGCUCUAUUCCUUUUUAACGAUACUCUCUUGAUAACGAGCGUUAAAAGAAGGACGGGGACUAUUAAAAAACCUAUUCCUACAUACCAAAGCAGUAUAGCGAGUCAGAUGGAAGGAAAUAAAUACAAACUAUUAAUGAGGAUAUCUCUAGCUGAUCUCGAAAUUGUCAAAGCUAAAGAUGAAAAUAUAAGGCGUAUAAUGCACGAAGUGGAAACAUUAACUGAGGAUGUGAAUACACUUACGCAAAUUUCCGAACAUGUGGCGGCGUUACACACUCACCACGCACAGCUCGAGGAGCUGGUGAGGGACAUGCUACAUUCUCUUAACAAACAACUGAUGGAGAGACAGAACAGCGACACACAGCUUUGCUACAUGGAGAUUAGCUUGAAUACGUCGAGUGGACCGGAAAAUUUAACAAUAAUUUUCCCGAAAACGGAGAAGAGGAACAGUUGGGAGGAAUUGAUAAAUGAGACCAAACAAAAGUUAUGUGUAUAUGGUCAUGAAAGACCGGCUCCAGAAUUCCUUUCACCAGUUCCAAUACGAAAGACUCGAGCUGGCUUACAGUUCACAUGCGCUGCACCAACAUUACCACCGAAGGGGCAAUCUCCUGAUGUGUGGGUAUGCAACAGCGACGGUUACGUUGGCCAAGUAUGCGUUCUCACGCUGUCUCCGAAACCGCAAGUGACUUCGUGUAAUGGAGUUUGCAAUGCGCGGAUACUGUGCGUCGCUUGUGUUCCACCCGCACCUGCGCUCACUCGGCAGCACACUCUGGAUAUACCGAGUACGAGUUCCUUAAAUAGUACUGGAUCUACGAAGCCAGGCAUCAGUAUAUCAGACCCUGAUGACAGUUGCAAGAAUAUUCGACUAGACAGUUCAUCAUCAAGCGAUGACGAGGACGACGGAUCAUCAAGCGAGAACCAGGACGCGCAAUCCGAACGCAGCCAGGAAUCAGGGCGUCUUCAGAACCUGUCAUCGACUCUCAAUCGUGCAACGUUGACUCCGAACCACAGCAAGAGUCUCAGCACUCCUCACACCGGGCAGAACAUUCAAGUCCAUCCAGUGAUGAAGUCCAAUUCGAAUCCAGCAGUUGAUAAGCAGGCUAUGGGAAUCACAUCAGGUACCCUAUCUUCGCCUAACAGCCGCCAAUCUUCAGAAGACAGUGGCACUACAGCUAAUCAGCCUACGAUGUGGCUCGGAACUGAGGAUGGCUGUAUACAUGUUUAUAAUUGUCUGGAUAAUAUCAGGAUCAAGAAGAACAAGAUCAAACUGCAGCACAAUUCGGGUGUCCAUUCUAUUGUGUAUAUGGAAGGAAAGGUGUUUGUUGCUCUUGGAAACGGCGAUCUGGUGGUUUACUGUCGGGAUAUUGAUGGCUCUUGGACGGAGCGGUCGACGAUCCCGGUGGGCACGGGCAGCGGGCCCGUGAGCAGCAUGCUGCUGUCCGGCGGCAAGCUCUGGUGCGCCACGCACUCCAACAUCAAAAUUAUCAACCCGCAUUCCUUGCAGGUUGACGAAACAUUCCAAAUAAGUUCAGAAACGAAGCCGAUAAGCCACAUGGCGGUAGCUGGUGGUUCGAUAUGGCUGUCGCUGCACAACGCGGCGCAGCUACGUUGUUAUAACGCGACAACUCGGGAGCAGUUAGCCGAGAUCAACAUUACGCCGCAAGUCACCAAGAUGUUACAUGGUUGUGACGAAAUAAUUCGCCAACACAAAGCGGCGUGUCUACGAGUGACAGCGUUAUUGGCUCAUCGCGACACGCUGUGGGUGGGAACAAGCGCAGGGGUUCUGCUCACCGCUCCACUACACAACUCGCCUAACCCCCGAACUGGAUCGUUUACUGUACCACAACUUACUGGUAUCACAUAUGGUCACACUGGCCACGUACGAUUCCUGACGAUAGUUGAAAAUCCAGUACCACAGAGACAGCCGGCAAAGCCUACUCAAACGCUAAAGACAAAAGCUUUGAGUCGGCGUUCGACUAAUGCAGAAAAAUUACAGAAACAAACCGAAAAUAUACAAAACAAUAAAGAAACUUUGAUUAUAUCUGGUGGGGACGGUUAUGAAGAUUUUAGAAGCUCAACGAUGACUGAAGAUGCAGGAAGAGAGGACUCGACAAAUCAUUUACUUCUCUGGAGAGUCUGA